CUUCUCGCCAGCUUCCGUCUCCUUUCGCUUUAUUCUCCGCGUCUGCUCUUCUCUUUCUAGUCUUCUCGAUCGGGCAGUUGCAUUCGAGAGCCCGUCGGAGGACGAGGAGAGAGUCAAGUGAAAUGUCGAAGAGCUCACCGCAGGCGGCUAAGGGAGGAGAAGGAGGAGGACAACAUGAGGGGACAAGCGAGUCGGCCACGGUCGCUGCCCACCCGUUCGACUUCCAUGUGUCUGGUCCACGCAACUUCUCCUCCCCUAACUGGAGAGAUCUCAUCCGCUCCACCUGAUCCAAACUACAAAAGGAUGGUAAUAGCAUGUUUCAUUCAGGCGGUCUACUUGCUGGAACUAGAUAGACAAGAUAAAAAAACUGAAAUGAAUGGUCUCGCUCCAAAAUGGUGGAAACCCUUUAAAUAUAAGCGAACACAGACACUGGUGGAUGAUAGAGAUGGUUCCAUAUAUGGUGCAGUUCUAGAGUGGGAUCGAUCUGCUGCUUUGUCUGAACUGAUAUUGAUGAAACCAGCUGGUGCACCUAGGGCUGUCCUAGCACUCAGGGGGACAUUACUGAAGAAUCCAACCAUUAUGAGAGAUUUAGAGGAUGAUCUGCGUUUCCUGGCUUGGGAAAGCUUAAAAGGUUCGGUCAGGUUUCAUGGAGCUCUAGAAGCACUUAAGCUGAUGGUUGACAGAUUUGGCAGCAGCAAUGUGUGUAUUGCUGGGCAUUCCUUGGGAGCUGGAUUUGCUCUGCAAGUAGGCAAAGCAUUGGCCAAACAAGGUGUUUUUGUGGAGUGCCAUGUGUUUAAUCCACCAUCUGUGUCAUUGACGAUGAGUCUCAGAAGUGCUGGUGAGAAGGCGGCCUUUCUCUGGAAGAAAAUUAAGGACAUAUUGCCUUCAAAAGGUGAAGUUUCAAUUGAUAAGAAGGAGAAAGCUUCUGCAAAUGGAGAGAUGUUCAGUAAUGAGAUAAAGAAAUGGAUGCCUCAUUUGUAUGUGAAUAACAGUGACUAUAUUUGUUGUUAUUACAUUGAUGCUGCUGGCACUGCUGUUGCUACUGAUGUUAGCUCAGACAAGGCCAAGAUAAUUAACAACAGUUCAGGAGAGGCAGUGGCAAAGCUUUUUGUCAUGACUAAGGGGCCGCGGAAGUUCCUUGAAGCCCAUGGAUUGGAGCAAUGGUGGUCUGAUGACAUUGAACUCCAACAGGCUCUCCACCAAAGUAAGCUCAUAAACAGGCAGCUGAGGUCUCUAUACAUAGCAGCUCAUGGAAAAUCUUGAUACAUGCUCUUUUCAGAGUAUGAUGAUAUCAUUUUUUUUCUCUUAACCCUUUUCUGCAAAGUCGAAAGGUGUUCAUGAUACCUAGUUUCAUGAUAUCUAGUAUGAUUCUGAAUGAGAAUUGAAAGUCACAAGCUCCUAUAGGGGUAUCUCAUUCUUCAGUUUACUGUUUCACUUGAUUGUGAGCCUGUUGGAUGCUUUCUUUUUCUUCUUACUAUUUCUGCAUAAAUUGAAAGUUGUUCAUGAUA